AUUCAAGUUGGCCCCGUUGAUCCUAUUACCGUCAAGUGUGCACGAGUAUCCCCACAAAGACACACUGAAAGGAAUCAAGCAAGAGAUUGAAAGAAAGUCUUGUUGCCAAAAUUUUCUUGUCAUCCAAUUCCAAAAAGACAGUCUUGAUUAACAAUUCCCCCCCACCUGGCACCGCAGUUGUUGGAGGAACCAGGUGCUGCAGCGUUUUUGCUGAUUGAAGCUUUGGGGGAUAACAGAGAGGGAAGAAGAGAUGGCUGGUUUAGCUUCAGUCACGCCCCAUCCAGCAUCCUCAUCUUCUUUGCACUCCAAUUUCCAGUCCUCCUCGCCUCUUGCUUUCGCUCCGAAAACUGCCCACGAGCGUGCCUCCUGCCGCGCCGUGCUUGGGUCAUUCGGGGAUUCGUGGAGGAGCUUGUCAGCGCGGCGGCCCGUUCCGAGCGUGCUGAGAGUCAGGAAUGCAGCAACAAAGCCGGCGAAGUCACCAGCUGAAGAAGAGUGGAAGGUGAAGAGGGAAUUUCUGCUCCAGAAAAGGGUGAGGAGUGUGGAUGUGAAGGAAGCGCUGCGCCUUCAGCAGGAAAAUAAAUUCGUAAUUCUCGAUGUCCGGCCUGAAGCCGAAUACAAGGAGGCUCAUCCGCCGGGGGCUAUAAACGUGCAAAUAUAUAGGCUCAUCAAGGAAUGGACGGCAUGGGACAUUGCAAGGCGAGCUGCAUUCGCCUUUUUCGGCAUCUUUGCAGGCACGGAGGAGAACCCGGACUUCAUAACAACUGUGGAAUCCAAAAUCGGUAAAGACGCCAAGAUAAUCGUGGCUUGCUCAGCCGGCGGCACAAUGAAGCCAUCUCAAAGUCUUCCUGAAGGUCAACAAUCAAGAUCACUUAUAGCAGCAUACUUGCUGGUGCUCAACGGCUACACCAAUGUCUACCAUUUAGAAGGGGGCUUGUAUACAUGGUUCAAGGAGGGACUGCCGGAAGCUUCUGAAGAGUGAAAACCUGAGCGUCGUACCAGCGCUUUUUUUAUCAUUCUCCUUUGGGAAAAUUACGAAGGAUAUGUCGGUCGAUGCCGUCUGUCCGUCGGUUGAUGAGUACUUCGAUGACCAUGUAAACUAGACAGCUUGAUCGUUGAUAUCUUGCAGGCGUUACGCUACAAGAAUGCAUCUCCAAUCAGAACAUCGAUUUUUGCUACCGAUAUCUGUCCCAAAAUGCAUUUGGAAGUAAAAGUCUCACGCUUCUUGGAAUCAAUUCUUUAUAUGCGUGUCAAAAUGAAUGAAGCGGGAGUU